GAGGGAGCGGGGAGGGCCGGGCGGAGCCGCUGAGGGGGCCCGCCGGUUGUCUCCCUCCCUCGCUUCUCUCGCGGACUUUGAGGGGAGGGCUCUGCCCCCUCCCCCCCCAAGGCUCUUCUUUCCUCCCCCUCACAACUCCCGUGGCAUCCUUCUCCGAGAGAGGAACAUGGAGGCGGCCCGGGCAGGACACCUGUUCCAGCACUUAAUUGAAACACUGAGUGACAAUGCAGACAAAAAGUUCUACAACAUUGCUAAACUAGGAGGCACCAAAUAUGAUCUCCUGCCUUACACCAUACGGGUAAUGUUGGAAACGGCUGUCCGCAACUGGGAUGGUUUCCUAGUGAAAGAAGGAGAUGUGAUGAAUAUCCUGGACUGGCAAGCCAAACAGAACAAUGUUGAAGUGCCCUUUUGUCCUGCCAGAGUCCUGCUCCAAGAUUUCACAGGAAUUCCUGCAAUGGUUGAUUUUGCUGCCAUGAGGGAAGCGGUGAAGAACCUCGGAGGAGAUCCUACGCGAGUCCAUCCUGUCUGCCCAACAGAUCUGACUGUGGACCAUUCUUUGCAGAUUGACUUCAGCAAAUGUGCAAUACAAAACACUCCGAAUCCCGGAGGCGGCGACCCCCCACGGCCCACUUCCUCCAAGCUCUCCCCGCUUAAAGCCCCUCGGAAGCUCCCGUGCCGAGACCAGUCCAGCUGCAAAGGACCGUGCGAUGGAGAAUCCAAGCGGAACCCUGGGCAGUUUUCUGUGCAGAUUGAGAAUACGCCCCUCUUGUGUCCUUUCCAUCUUCAGCCAGUGCCUGAGCCUGAAACAGUAUUGAAGAAUCAAGAGAUAGAAUUUGGGAGAAAUAAAGAGAGACUCCAAUUUUUUAAGUGGGGUUCCAAAGUGUUCAGAAAUGUCUCGGUAAUUCCUCCUGGGACAGGAAUGGCCCAUCAGAUGAAUCUGGAACACCUGUCAAGAGUAGUUUUUGAUGUCAAAAACUUCCUCUAUCCCGACAGUGUUAUUGGCACAGAUUCUCAUACAACCAUGGUGAAUGGCUUAGGAAUCCUGGGUUGGGGUAUGGGUGGAAUUGAAACAGAAGCGGUCAUGCUGGGCCUCCCCAUCACCCUCACUUUGCCCGAGGUGGUUGGGUGUGAACUGACCGGGUUGGCCAGCUCACUUGCUACAUCCAUCGACAUAGUCCUGAGCAUUACCAAGCAACUAAGACAAGCAGGGGUAUCUGGAAAAUUUGUGGAAUUCUUUGGCCCCGGCGUUUCUCAACUCUCCAUUGGAGACCGAAGCACCAUCGCAAACAUGUGUCCUGAAUAUGGUGCAAUUCUGAGCUUUUUCCCUGUAGAUGAUGUAACAUUAAAGCACCUAAAGCAUACAGGCUUUGAUGACGCCAAACUCAAGUCCAUGGAGACGUAUCUUAAAACAGUGAAACUGUUUAGAAAUCACCAGUAUUCUGCUAAGGAACCUGAAUAUUCUCAAAUAAUAUCUAUAAGCCUGGAUUCUAUAACACCGUAUGUAAGCGGUCCCAAAAGGGCCCAAGAUAGAGUGGCUGUAACCAAUAUGAAGACCGAUUUUCAAGCAUGCUUACGUGAAAAGGUUGGCUUCAGAGGCUUUCAGAUUCCCACCGAGAAGCAGGGCCGCAUCGUUCCUGUCGAAUAUGAAGGCAACGAGUACCAGCUGGCUCACGGGUCAGUCGUCAUUGCUGCUGUCAUCAGCUGCACCAACAACUGCAAUCCCUCCGCGAUGCUAGGAGCAGGUUUAUUGGCUAAAAAAGCCACUGAAGCCGGCCUGGCUGUGAAACCGUACAUAAGAACCAGCCUGUCGCCAGGAAGUGGAAUGGUCACCCAUUAUCUCAGUUCCAGCGGUGUAUUACCAUACCUCAAUAAGCUUGGGUUUGAGGUCAUCGGCUACGGCUGUUCCACCUGUGUGGGGAACACUGCCCCUUUGCCGGAAGCCAUUCAGAACGCAAUUGUACAGGGUGAGUUGGUUGCGUGUGGUGUCGUGUCCGGAAGCAAAAACUUUGAAGGCCGCCUCUGCAGCUGUAUCCGUGCCAAUUACCUGGCUUCUCCAUCUCUGGUUGUUGCUUAUGCAAUUGCAGGAACUGUGAAUAUUGAUUUCCAGACCGAACCACUAGGGCUUAAUCCGGAUGGCAGAAAUAUCUUCCUGCACGAUAUUUGGCCUUCUCGGGAAGAACUUCAGCAGAUCGAAGAGGAGUUUGUGAUAGCGUCCAUGUUUAAAGAACUGAAAAUAAAAAUGGAGAAAGGAAAUAAGCGCUGGAACUCCCUGGAAGCCCCCGAGUCUACUCUGUUCACCUGGGAUUUGAAGUCGACCUACAUCCGAUGCCCUUCCUUUUUUGAUAAGCUUGCCAGAAACCCGCCUCCCCUCCAGUGCAUCGAAAACGCCCACGUCUUGUUGAAUUUGGGAGACUCGGUCACCACCGAUCACGUCUCACCCGCCGGAAGCAUUGCCAGGGGAAGUGCUGCGGCGAGAUAUUUGAUGAAUAAGGGCCUCACGCCCCGCGAGUUCAAUUCCUAUGGGGCCCGUCGGGGCAACGACGCUGUGAUGACACGAGGCACCUUUGCCAACGUCAAGCUUUUGAAUAAAUUCAUCGGCAAGCCGGCUCCUAAAACAAUCCACUUCCCAACAGGACAGACGCUGGACGUGUUUGAUGCUGCUGAGUUAUAUCGGAAAGAAAACAUCCCUCUGAUUAUCUUAGCCGGCAAGAAGUAUGGAUUGGGCAGCUCAAGGGACUGGGCUGCCAAAGGGCCCUUUCUGAUGGGAGUGAAAGCAGUGAUUGCCGAAAGCUAUGAAAAGAUCCACAAAGGUCACUUGAUUGGCAUGGGCAUCGCCCCUCUUCAGUUCCUUCCUGGGGAGAGCGCGCAGUCUUUGGGCCUGACUGGCAAAGAACAGUUUUCAAUCUUCUUCCCUCAAGAGUUAUCGCCUGGAAUCACCCUGCGUGUAAAGACGAGUACCGGCAAAGCAUUCCACGUGGCUGCCUCGUUUGACAGUGAUGUGGAAAUCACCUUGUACAAACACGGUGGCAUGCUGAACUACAUGGUCCGAAGGCUGUUGUAAAGCUAUUGUAAAGCCCUUUUCCCCACCACGGAGGACUGCCGGCCCCGCCAGCCUCUGGAGACCUCGGCGCGAGCCUUCCUCUCCCGUUGGAACUGCUGACAAGCCCCAUUGUGCUCAGAUAACUGUCCAUGGAUGUAAAAGAUUGUGAAAUUGUUGUAGUGGCCGCAGCGAGGUCCUCCUGGAUUUUAAAAUACUCCGAAUGGUGCUAUUGACAUUAUUAGAUGUUGACGUGUCUGUGUGUUGUGAAAAGAGAUCUGUAAGUAUGAGGGAAGGGUUGGGAGGGUUUCAUCUUAGACCAUUUUUGUAUAUAAAUUAUGUGAAAUCCGAAAAUGAAUUGUGAAGAUUUGAAGCCAGAUUCCCUGCAGUUCUUUCCUCCCUUCAUUACUUUUUCUUUCCCCCUUUUCACUUCCUACCGCUGUUUCUUGAUUUGAGCAUAGCACAUGGCUUAAUGAUAUAUGAUUACUUAUUUUAAAAUUCGGAGGAUCCCCGAUUCUGAAAAUGAAGAAAAAAAAACCCCCACCACCCUUAGAUCUAUCUAGUUCAUGGUAUUGGCCACCCGCUAGAAAGUUUAAGGAAGGCUUAAUAGCCAGUAUGAGUUUUUUUAACCCGCAUUCCCCUAUUUCAGGACUGAGCAACUAUGGGAGCUUUAUGGCCUGUGGACUUCAACUCCCAGAAUUCCUGGCUCAGGAAUUCUGGGAGUUGAAGUCCGCCACUCGUAACAUUGUCAUAGUUGCCCAUCCCUGUCCUAUUUGGUGCCUUCCAGAAAAGUGGAACGGUGCAGUGGCCUCAGCAGGUAGAAAUUUCUGGGAGUCUGGAUACUCUCCCAGGCAAAAAUCUUGGUUUGAAAAAUUCCAAAACUGAAAUGCAAUUGGGGGAAAUUGAUGUUUUCCAAACAGAAGCUGGCAGUGAUCUCUCCAGCUCUCUAGCUGUCCUGACAAAUAGCUAUCAUGGAAUUUAAUUGGAUUUAUUUUGUCCAAACAUCACCCUGUUAUCCUCAAUUGGGCUUUGGCUGUUAAAAGAAGUUGAGCAGUUUUCUCUGCUCCUCAUGAGAACAGAGAAGAAUUCCUGCUUCUUCUCUUCGGUUUGUGCAGUGAACAAAACCUGUUGGGUUUAUAAAAUGAGUCUUCUUCAGUUUUCUUCUAAUCAUUCUGUUCUUUCCAAAAUGAUUUUAUUUGGGAUAGCGGUAAUGACUUUAUUCUGAGGAGCAAGAAUUUCUUAAGUUCCCCAGAUGUUUACAGUAAUUUUUGGUUUAUUAUUCACAAGAAAUUCUGUAGUGGAAAUAUCCCAAGCUCAUUUAAAAAAAUCUUUUCUACUUAAGUUGUUUAUAGACCUGGGUUUUUGAUUAAACCAAACAGACCCCAUGUAAUAGAAUAAGUACUUCUAGUAAAUUCUAUCUGGCUAAAAGUAUCCUGAAGUUCUGAAAAACAAAUUCAUUUUCACACUUACUAGAUUUUCUUUUGAGGCCAAAUGAUUAGAAAUAUGGAGUACAGAGGCAGCAAUAAAAGUCUGUGGAACCUUCUUUCUGUUCAGUCCUUUUGAACCUUUGGUGUUUUUCCAACAAGCUCUCUUUAAUCUAUAAUCAUAGACAUUUUUUUUUGGAGCCCAUAUUUUUUCUACCAUAUCAGCUGUGCUUAUGUUUGCCACUUUAUAGUUUUACUACUGGUAUCUUUCCUUUAUUAUUGAAUGAUUUUUCUCCGAUUUCAAUGAAAUGCUGGAAGUUCUGUCUUGACUAUCACAAAUGGCAAAAAAAUAAUAUCUCACUUUUGGUAUCUAAAUUAUUUUUUUUCAGCUUCCAGGCAUCUUCUGUAUUUAGGUUCAAGGCACUGUUCUCCUCUCCUCUCAAGUAAAAUGCAUGUCCUCAAAGCCAGGGUGCCUUAUAGAUACACCCCACGGUCCUCUAACCCAAACUUGGUCACCUUAAGACUUGUGGACUUCAAAUCCCAGAAUUCCUCAGCCAGUCCUGCUGGGAGUUGAAGUCCACAAGUCUUAAAGGUGCCAAGUUUGGAAUCCCCCAAACGGCACUUCCAAUUUCACUUUUCUUUCAAAGCUUCUAACUGGGGAGACACUGUUGACCUUUUUAGUAAUCUGACAGUAAUGUGAAGCCAAGCAUCAUCUACGAAUGACCUCCAUCCGUUAUCUAGGUGCUGAUAUCUGACAUUCUUUCAAAUUGGUGGGUUCAGAUAACCAACUUCCCCUCCCUCCAACCCAGGUGACUGUUCUUGUUACAUGAUACGUGUGACCCCACCUGUCUAAUGAUUCUGGUCUAUAGAUGUUAGAAAAUCUGUCCGAUUGCAGGACUCCAGAUGUCAAGUUCAGAUUAUGAUCUAUAUUUUAGGUCAAACCUGGAUAGGUGCAAUUCUGGGAACUGUAUGAACUUCCAACUCCCGGAAUUCCUCAGCCAUGUUGGCUCAGGAAUUCUGGGAGAUGAAGUCCACAGGUCAUAAAGUAGCCAUAGUUGUCCACCUUUGGUCAAACUCACUGACAUGGCUUCGCUUUUUCCUCUUACAUUCAAAAGAUAAUAUUUUGGAGGUUGCAAUGCUAUCCUU